AUGCAAUAUUCAAGAAAUGAGCACCAAGAGAAUGCUGCAGACCCAGCCGCAGACCCAGCUCCAACCCCUGCUCCAGGUCCAGCCCCAGCCUGUGCUGCCGCUCCAGCCCCUGUCCCACCUAAAGCCCCAGCCCCUACUAAAGCCAAAGCCCCUACUAAGGUCUCAGCCUCGACUAAAGGUCCAGCAGCCCCUACUAAAGCCCCAGGUCCUACUAAACCCCCUGCAAAAGCCCCAGCCCCUGCUACAGAUCCAGCCCCUGCUCCAGCACCUGCUACUGAUCCAGCCCUAGCCCCUGCCCCAGAGCCCGAGCCACCAACAGAGCCUAAAGUUGUUCCCAAGAGUGUCAUUGUACAGAUCACCUCUGCCCAGUGUGGAGAUGUAAUUUGUGCACUGGGCCAGAAAACUAAUGCAGAGGUCAUUAAAGUGCUGCACAAGUCAAAACCAGAAGAGAUGAACAGCCAGCUGCUGGAUUUCGACACCUUCGUUCCCAUGUUUCUGCAAGUGUCCAAGGGUCCAGAGGACUUUGCCAAAGGUCAAUGCGUCUUUGACAAGGAAGGCAACGGCACCUUCAUGGGAGCUGAGCUACGUCAUGUACUCGCCACGCUAGGUGAGAAGAUGACGGAGGGUGAAGUGGAAAUGUUGCUUCCAGGGCAGGAGGAUACUAAUGGCUGCAUCAACUAUCAAGCUUUUGUCAAACAUAUCAUGUCUGGUGAUCAAUCAGAAUUGCAAGACUACCACAUGAGGGUGGAAGGCCUGCUAUGUUCUCCCAACAGCAAGAGGCUCUCAUUGUUGAUAUGGUCCUUCAAAACAAUGCCAUCCGACAGCGUGAAAUACAGCAAAGAGUUGUUGAACACAAUGUAA